GCCGCCGCCUGCGUGGCCUAGCGAGUCCCGCGCUCCUGGUUCUGCUUGGCCCCGUCGCGGCCGCGGGCUCCGGCUGGGCAGCGGCCCGGCCCCAUGGCCGCCAGCACCAAGGCCGUGGCCCUCUUCAAGCGGACCCUGGCGCUGUCUCCCCCGCGCUGCCCCGGCGGCGGCGGCCAGCGCUGCUCGUCCUCGCCGCUGUCCCGGCCGGGGGGCCGGCGCCGCGGGGGCAGCCGGCUCCUGCACCAGGGCUCCCCGCCGGGGGCCUGCCCGGCCUCGCCCCGCUUCCAGCAGCCCGUGUCCCCUCUGCUCUGCCCGCAGGACGUGCUCAGCGACGGCCUCAAGACCUGCUACCGGUACCUGAACCAGACCAGCCGGAGCUUCGCCGCCGUCAUCCAGGCCCUGGACGGGGAGCUGCGUCAUGCUGUGUGCAUAUUCUAUCUGGUUCUCCGAGCUCUGGACACAGUAGAAGAUGAUAUGACCAUCAGCUUAGAAACCAAGGUCCCAAUGUUGCAUGACUUCCACUCCUAUCUGUAUCAGCCGGACUGGAGAUACAUGGAGAGCAAGGAGAAGGACAAGCAGGUGCUUGAGGACUUCACAACGAUCUCCUUGGAGUUCAGAAACCUGGCAGAGGUGUAUCGAGAUGUGAUUGCAGAUAUUUGUCACAAGAUGGGAGCCGGAAUGGCAGAGUUCUUGGAAAAGAAGGUUGACACCCAGCAUGAGUGGGAUAAGUAUUGUCACUAUGUUGCUGGGCUGGUGGGGAUUGGCCUUUCCCGUCUGUUCUCUGCAUCAGAGCUAGAAGACCCUGUCGUAGGACAGGACACAGAGCUUGCAAAUUCCAUGGGCCUCUUUCUUCAGAAAACCAACAUCAUUCGUGAUUAUCUGGAGGACCAGCUGGAGGGAAGAGAAUUCUGGCCCAGAGAGGUUUGGAGCAGGUAUGCCAAGAAGCUGUCGGAUCUCACCAAGCCAGAGCACAUUGACAUGGCCGUCCAGUGUAUGAAUGAACUGAUCACAAAUGCAUUGCACCAUGUCCCUGAUGUUCUCACCUACUUAUCUAGACUGAAAAACCAAAGUGUCUUCAACUUCUGUGCUAUUCCACAGGUGAUGGCCAUCGCCACUCUGGCGGCCUGUUACAAUAACAAACAGGUGUUUAGGGGGGUGGUGAAGAUUCGGAAAGGACAAGCUGUCACUUUAAUGAUGGAUGCCACAAACAUACAAGCUGUCAAGGCUAUAAUGUACCAGUAUGUGGAAGAGAUCUAUCAGAAGGUCCCAAGCACAGACCCUUCUUCUAACAAGACCCAGCAGAUCAUCGUCUCAAUCCGGACAAUGAGUUUGCCCAAUGGCGUCGAGGUAUCCCGUAACCAUUACUCCCCCAUAUACCUCUCGUGCGCCAUGCUUCUGGCAGCGCUGAGCUGGCAGUAUCUGAGUGCGAUGUCGAAGGCAUCAGAGGAGUAUGUACAAGCCAGCGAGAACUGAGGGUUGGUGAGGAGAGCGAAGGUCAGUGGAUGGAUAAGGUUGGGAACAGGUUCUUGCCUCUUCCCUGUUGGAUCUGCUGCCCUGCGGGAUGCCAGACUGGUGUGGACCCUUAAAGCUGUGAAUGGAAUGGCAAAUCGGAAGGUGUUGGUUGGCCUGCAGUAUUGUGUGUUGCAGCCACUAGCUAGCAGCUGGAUUUGGCUGUUUUCACUGUUUGGAUGAACAGGUUACAAGUAAGACUGGUUGAGUCUCACUUUUCCUCUUUGUGGGAGACUGUUUUACCUGAAUUCUGGCCAGGAUAUUUUUUAAUUGCCUCUGUCACUUGUGAUUUUGACACCUCCCUCCAGUAAAAAGUUGCAUGAUGUGAGCCUUUGCGUUCUCCCUCGUCUGCCCUGGGUGUGUUCUUACCUCAGUACCUUCAUUGCUCAGCAACUGAAUGUUUCCAGCAAGUCAGCUAUCUUGGAAGCCACCAUUCCCUCAGAUGGAUGAAAUCUUCAACUCACUGGGGCAACGUCUGACUGUUUUCUGACCGUUUCUCUAAAUAGCUGAGGAUCUUACAGGACAGAGAUGAGUGCAUAAGUUCUGGGCCUCCCCAUCCUUGUACUAAAGAAUUGUGAAGAGAUACUAGCCUUAAAUAUUAGAGCUAUUGCGAUAACUUGGAUGUAGCUUUCUGGUGAGAUUGUUUUGUACAGUUUAAAGAGCUCAGAGGCUGAAAGCAGCUCUGUCUUCCGAAAGCUGAGUAGAUGGCAGUACAUGCAAAGCUUAUUUCUCUGCAAAAGUUAAGGUGCGGGAUGUGUGGGGGCAGGCUGAAGGGCUCAGAGGUGGGUAAUGACUGCUAAGUCUGGUAGGAUACAGCUGUACUGCUUGUGAGUAACACGCCAUCCAGUGGGUGUCUUGGGAUAUAAAAGGUAGCUCCUGUUCCAUCCCUUGAGGAUGGUUUUCAUCAAACCAUGCAGUGAGGAUCCCCUUCCUGGGCUAAGGAGGUGCACUGUAGUAAGGGAAUAGUAAGGGAACAGCUGUAGCAGUGAGCGUGGGAGACGGAAAAGCUGCCAGCUGAGCUGUAGGGGAGCCAAGGAGGCAGGUCUUGAGUCAGCAAACCUUCCUGACCUGGCGAGAAGAAGGGGAAUGUUGGAGUCUUUCUCCCCUGGUCUCUCUCCUGUCUUUGUGCCCCACCCAGGCUGACAGUAUGGCCUAGAGAAGCACAGGUACCUCUUUGGACUGGUCACUAAUUGGCUCUGGAAGGAGGGUGGUUGCAUAGCUGCUGCUCAUGCAUUCAAACUCCCUUUGGAAACAGGACUCUCUAAUCACAUACCAUUAUUUUCUGUGGCUGGAGCAGUGUUCCUUUCACCCAUGGCCUCUUGGGGGUGCAGGGGUACAGCCUGCUCUGCCUUCCCUGCGGGACUGUCAGCAAUAAAGAUACGCACAAUGCUGGUUUGACACCUUCUGGCUGUGCCCUUCGGGACGCUGGCUGUUCAGAUGAAGUAGUCCACAGUGUGAGUAUUGUUAUCUGCUAGUUGUCCAUUGCUUCCAGCUCCUGUAAAACUCAAUGUCUGUGCUGGAGACAAGAAUGGAAAUGCUUCAGCUUAAGACUUUUAUGGGCUGCUUUCAGCUGCAUGGGUGGAGUUCCAGGGACAGCAGCUCUGAACAUAGCCUUGUCCUGCCGAUUUCAGCAGGUGGCAGUCUUCAUAGAUCUGUCUUGAAGAACAACCUUCAUGAAGGAAACAAGACACUUCUCUCUGGACUCAAGAACACUCUCCCACCAGCUCUGAAACCUGCUGUCAUCGUAGGAAGAGCCUUUAAAAGUCGAAGUAGUAGGGCUGGCACCAGGAAGUCUGCUUAAAAGCCGUUGGGUUACCUGUGUUCACUUUCUGUUCAGAGGGGAUGGGUGUCUGCAAUACUCCUAACCCUCUUUCCCCCCUUGGUCUUUAAGCUAGCACAGCUCAUGUUUUAAAGCAGUGUCUUUGAAUAGAGGUGAGUAUGUUUGAGGACAGGUGCUUGCUGCUGCUCUAACUCACCCCCCUGUUACAUUGUGUACUACUGUGCUGUCCUUGCUGUGAGCAACUCCCCAGCUUUUCAUGAACAUCUAGUGGAGCAUGGCCCUGGAGGAGAGGGCUGAGGAGCUAUUAUCAGUGCUGUUACAGGAAGCAACUCUCUCCCUGUUAAACCUUCUGUUCCCCAAAGCAAGCUCCCUCUGGCUGCUUUUAAACAGCAGCAGCAUCUGGUGUUGUAGAUGUGCACCCAUGGUGGGAAAGGUGACUUAGUCUAGUCACUUGAUGUUUAGGAGUUGGGAUCUCUGCUGGGAAAUGUCUUGUGGUUGGGUGUAAGACCACUACAGCACUAUUACAAGGCAAGCUCUACUCCCUGGUUAUCUGUGUACAUACUUAGCCUAAUUAAAUGUUGAUGCAAAUAUUGUUUUGCUCUUUAUGUAGAGAGGUCUGGGCUUCAGGUCUCAGCUUCCCUUAACAAUAAAUUUCUUUGCCUAGAA